CUGGUGGCGGGGCUGUCCCAGAAACGAAACUUGGCGGCUCGGUGGGUAAACGGAACUUCUCUCUGCGGGAGAAGACGGAGCGGGAGCUGCUGGGUCAGCCCCUGCUGGGUCAGUCCCCAGGCCGGCGCUCAUCGCAGAGUUCGUGUCUGGGGAAGAUGGAGAGCUGCAGGUGCCACGGGGUUUCUGGGGAUGGCUCUCCCGGUCCUUGCAGCAGAUGUGGGGACCCAGCCUCAGGAAGAAGAGAGGUGGAGCUCGCUUCAGCCCCUGAAACAGGAGCAGAGCCUGGAGGAGAUGUGAUAGAAGAGGGAGGCGAUGGGCCUUCUGCCACUGAAACAAAGGAGGAGGAGGAGGAGGAGGAGGAAGAGGAGGAGGAGGAGGAAGAGGAGGGGGAGGGAGGAUUGCUGGUGGAGAAUGUAGGAGCUCUGAUCAAUACCUCAGAGUCCACAGCAGAAGGCAGAGCUGCUGGCCCUCCUUCCUCUUCUGGCACUGAGGAGAAAGCGUUGCUGCUGGAUGGUGUAACAUCUCCAAGUGUGAGCUCGGAGUCUGCACCUCAGAGCAUGGCUGGGGAUUCUUCUGAGAAGACACGGAAGAGGAAGAAGAAGAAGAAGAAGAAAUCAAAGCAGAGUCCUUCCAGCUCUGGGCAGAAGGACUCUUUGACUCCUCUAAACUCAGAACCAGCUGAGACCACAGAAUUGCCUGAUACAUGUGGUGUUCCACAAGAAAAAGAGUCCCCAGGCAGUGAAAUAUCCCAACUGGCUGCUGAUGUACUUGUAGGUGACAGUGGAGGCACAGAGGGAAGCAGUGGUGUGGUGUGUCCCGUGGGAAAGGAAACUGGACAUCUGGAAGUGGUUGCAGAAAGCAGUCAAAGCAGUGUAGAUGUGAUGGCCCCACCAAAACCAAGCAACAGGGGUGUUGUGGCUGCCCCAUCUCCAAGCUCUGCAGCCCCACAGGAGAAGGUGGGGAGUGGAAGAACCACAGAGUGUGGAGAAACAGUCAGCAGUAAUGUGGAGGGGGGCAGUGGUGCCCCUGGUGCUGGCCAACUCCCAGAAACCAGAGCAGAUUCCCAGUCCUCAGGUAACAGCACGAAACUGGCCUCACCAGGAGAGAGAGAGAGCAUUUCCUCUGGUUUGUCUCCUGGCAUGGGAGCACCUAAAAGUAAACCUGCAACUCCUUGUGCUGAAAAUGGAAGUGAAGACACAAAAAUUCCACCCUCCACCCCACAGACUGGGAAAGGUAAAGAAGACACCAGCCAGAAAGUGAAUGGUUCUGCUUCCAAGAAUGAAGAUGCAAAGGAGAAGACAGUGACCCCAAGUGAGAAAGUGCAGCAAGGAACUGAGAAGACAAGUAGGACCAAAGGACCUCAGGUUUCUGGAAAGAUUGGUGCUUCAGCUGUAACAGAGAGUGGCAAGAGCAAACACCAGCAAAGGAACCAGCAACCUGUGAAUAAGAUUAAAGAAAGUUCUAUGAGCCAAAGUGAUGAGGUUACAGUAUAUUUCCAUGCAGUAUUAUCCAAAGACUUCAAAGUAGACCCUGAAACCCAUAAAGUGUUCAUCAGGGCUGAAGGCAUUUCUUCCUCUGCAGGCAUGAAGGACAUUUGUGAGCUGACUUUCAGCAAGUAUUUAGGAGAACAUGGAUACCUCAUUGAAGGCACUGCAACUCUUGCUAAAGAACAUGUGAAUAAAUGCAUUCCUUACAAAUACUGGGUUGGCUCUGGUAAAGGGGACUAUGAAUUUAUUUACAAGCACCCAGCAGAAGGAACCAAAUAUGUGAAUCGUUGCUUAUUUAUAGAGAAAGAGCUGCUCAACAAUGGAGAAUGGCAUCAGUAUGAUGAUAUUGUAUGUGCAAAGCCUUCUGCUUGGAAAACCUUUUGGAACUCUUUCCAUCGGGAUAAAACCAAAGAUGUGGUGAUGGGGAAGAAAAUAGCUGCAAAUAUUAUGUUAGAAAACAUCUUCAGCAUUCUUGGAACCUGGUGUCCUGACAACCUGAGAAACUUUUUCUCCCAGCUGGAGCAGUUUCAUUUUGUUACAAGAAACCAAUAUGUGUAUGAGACUGAGGGAACAACAUGGACAGAGUUAAACUUUGGUGUGCCAGAGGUGAAUGAUCUGCUGCUAAGCUACUUGAGGAAAAUAGCUCGUCCUUUCCUUACACCAGAAGGUGCAAAAGCAUCACAGGAGGACGUAGUAAUAAAAAGUAAACUGGCUCUGGGAUUCACCAUUCUCACAGUAAUUCCCUAUUACUGUCUUCAGUCCUCCAAAAAUGAUCUGGCUGCCCUGUGCAACCUCUUGUGCUUGGAUGAGGUGCCACAGCAAUUUGUGCUCGAUGAAAUUCAUCAUCUCACAAAGGCUUUUGAAGCAGUUUUUGGUGUUUCCCACUUCGAGAUUCUGCUUAGAUACUUGUGCCAGAGAUGCAUUGAUGACCAGGUGGACCAGUGGCUGUGGAUUCUUCCUCUUCUGCAUUACUUCGCUCCAUCACACCGUGACCACUUGUCCAUGGAGGAAGAAACCUGGGCAGGUCUGGAGGGGCUUCCAUUUGCUGAAACAAGGAAGAGGCAAGAUCCGAGGGACCUGCUGCAAGUAAUAAAAGAAAAGAAACACUUGAUGGAAUUUGAUGCAACUCUGGUCAAGUCCUGGAUCUGUGUGCUGCCCCUGGAGAGCCUGGCUGAAUUUAUAAAAGACUUCCCCAGUGAUUUACCCGUUGUUCUUCAGGGUGUUUCUUACAGACUAGAGAAUGGCCUUCCAUCCUGUGUCCUUGAGGUAGUAGAGAAUCUUCUAAAGACAUUGCUGUGUACCUUGGAUGAGCAGCAGGCCAGAGUUCUGGAAACUCAUUCUUUGCAGUCCUGCUUGACCUGCUGCCUCAAGCUGUACGAGAGGGUCUGCAAAUAUGUGGAGAGGGUGAAGUGGAACAUGAUUCCUGCCACUUCUGCCAGGAUGAUUUCUAAGCUUGCCAGACUUCAGCCCACAGCAGUCCCAGGAGAUGCUGUGCAGGAAGUUCCAGAGGUAGAUGUAUUUAAUCACGUGCUGAGACACACUCGAACCUGGUUCAGAAAUGCUUUAAGCAAGAAGUUACUGAAAAAAGACUACAAUUAUGUGGGCUUCUCUUUUCCUGGGGAACUUCAGGCCUGGGAUAACUUUGUGAAGAUCAGCUUUCCAGAUGAACAGUUCACUGAGAAGUGGAAGAAUACUUUACUUACAGAUCUGAAGAGAAGAAUCCAGGAGGAGUCUCCAGUUAACCAAGUGUUGAUCUAUUGCUGUCAGCACAACCGACUUGCAGAACUUGACUCUUCCAUUGAGUGGUGUUUCUGCACUUGUGCCACAGAGGCUGCAACUGUGGCUUGCCAGAUUGAUAACAAUAUCCUGGAGAAGAUACCUCUCAACAGCAUGGGCCAAUUCAGCACACUUGUGUCAUCUAUUAUUGUGAAGUCGUGGCCAGUCAAGGAUGAGCAGUCCAGGGGGAAUUUUGAUACGAUUUUGCAUCACGUGCUUACCUGGCCUGACAUCAAAUGUGUCUUCACCUUAAGUGGAAUUAACAAAAAGCUUAUAGACAAAUUUACAGAUGAAGCAAAGAAAGUAAUGGCAGCAGCAGACUGGGUGUUUAUGAGUGUCAGCAGUGACAUCCAGAAAGGGUGCAUCCUUGUGAAACAUCUGGAAGAGAUUUUCCAGCAUAAGCAGCAGUUCACCUGUAUCUGGGAGACAAAGCACCAGAGCUUUUCUGGACUCAGAGAACUGAAAGAAUUGUUGCAGAGGAGGCAAGAAGAAUUAACACUACUCAAAGAAGAGAAAAAAGCAAUAGGAACCUUCCUGAGCAUGUGUAGGAAGGUGCAGACAUCUGUGAAAGUGGAUACAGGUAAAGUGGAACAUCAACACUUGGAAGAUCUUCGCUCAAAAAGACUAAAUGAAGUUGUGACUGUGGAACGCAGACAGCCACAAACCUACUACAGCCUGAGUCCAGAGCUGAAGGAAUUUGUCCAUAAAAUGCACUCUUUUAAGGACAGUCUGAUCUUCCAGCAGUUCUGGGAAGAAGCAGCACAGAAGGCAGGAGAGGAGAGUGAAAGUUGGGGAGAGGAGUGUGGAAGUUCAGAAGAGGAGGAUGACAAUGUUCCUGCAUUGGACCUUGAUAGUGUUUUGAGCAGUCUGAUCUCCCCUUGUUUUGCAAGUUAUGAAAGGUUGUAUGAUGAUCUCAGAUCUGGAAGUCUCACACUUUCUGCAGUUGAUAAAAUUUUUCGGGAAUUCACAAAUAAUCCUGAAGAUCUCAAAAGUGAACUAAAUGCCAUGUGUAAGCUUAGACCUGGAGAAGCCAGAGACUGGGUUGAUUGUCGUUUUCAGCAGAUCCAGCAAUACCAUGAAAUGCAUGUCACUUUGGAUGCUGCCAAGGUGAUUGCCUGUGUAAAAGAGAUCUUAAACCUCUCUGGUGAUUUCAGCAUCCUGGAAAACUUGUUGGACAUAACAGAAAAGCUUGAAUCCUACAAGACACAAAGGCUGGACUCCAUCAGCCCUGAGCUUGUGAAUGCCAAGAGUCUGCUGCAGGGGAUCACUGUGAAACAUUGUGGGUGCCUGAGGGAGCUGGCCCAGCAGAGGGAGUUUGUCAGCUGGGUCAGAGAAGCUCUGAAAGAUAUAAAUGAACUGAAGGUGUUUGUAGACUUGGCCUCCAUCUCUGCUGGGGAGAAUGACAUUGAUGUGGACCGUGUGGCAUGUUUCCAUGACACUGUGCAUGGCUACUCUUCCCUGCUCUAUGAGCUUAGGCAGGACUCAGGGUUCAAGGACUUCAUGCACUGCUUGAAGAAGCUGUGGCGAGCUCUGGACAGUGAUGAGGAUCUUCCCAAGAAAUUGCGUGCUUCAGCUCAGCACUUAGGGUGGCUGAAAAUAGUGAAAGAGAGCCACGGGUCUGUGGAGCUCUCAUCACUGUCACUGGCAGCUGCCAUCAACAGCAGAGGAAUUUAUGUUCUCAGAGCACCAGAUGAUGGCCAAAAGAUUUCUUUGGACAAUGUCCUGCACUUCAUCCUCCCAGAGAGCUCUGGGGAUUGUGAAGCAUCACGGAAAUACUCUCUGGCAGAGCUCCGUGAGCUGCAGAACAAACUGAUGCUCAUGUCAGCGAAGGGAGAACAAGGCUUGGAAGUGGAGAAGUUCUCUGAGAUCUUUUCCUAUGUCCAAAGACUUGCACAGGCCUUUAUAGACCUUUAUUCAGCUGGGAACAUGCUCUUCCGCUCCUGGCUUGCUCAAGUGUAUUGUUCACCCAAAAGAGAAUCAUGUGUUCUCAUGGACUUUUUUUUGGGACUGAUCCCAGAGCUAGAAGGACAAGGAGAAGUGUCAGCUGUGCUCCUAGGCCUCUGCAAGAUGAUGGAGAGUUUCCUGGAGAGCUGGAAAAGUUUCAUGUAUGAAAAACGACUCCAGCAUUUCUACUUGAACUACUACACUGCUGAACAGCUGGUCUGCUUGUGCACAGAGCUGGGGCAGGGGGUGCCCAGCCAGGGUGCCCUGAUGAUGCUUUCAUUCCUAAAACACAACUGCACUGAGCAGGAUGUCCUCAGAGCCUCCAGCAGAGAGGUGCCUCCCAGCUCAAGGAGGGCUAUUCCUGACUUGCAUGUGAUGCUGGAUGGGGAGAAGGACCUGACUGCGUGUCUGAAGUGCAUCUGGGAGUCCUACAUGAGCAACAUGGGCUCCUUCCUUCCAAACUGCCUGGAUAUUGAUACUCUUGGUGCGUGGCUGAAGAAUCUGGCCAGCUGGGAGAGUGAGCAUGUCACACGAGACUUUCCACAGUAUCUCCUGAGUGGACAGCCCAACCUCAUCACAUGCCCUCGCUCUGAGGUGCUCACUUCUGCUCUGGCUAUUUACAUGAACAGCCCUGCCCAGCCCCUCCCAACUUUUGAUGAAGUUCUCCUGUGCACCCCUCAGACCACUGCUGAGCAAGUGGGGCUCUUCCUCAGGAGGUGCCUCAUUCCUGGCAGCAGAGGAGAGAAAAUUUACAGCAUGCUGUAUGCAGAUGAGCUGAGUUAUGAUGUCAGCUGCAGAGCAGAGGAGCUAUUCCAGCACCUGAAGCACUUCAACACCACCUAUCACCUCAUUGUUCUGUGCAACUGCGAGAGGGAACACAGCUACAUCCCUUCUGUCUUCAGCCAAUACAAAGUGCACGUGAUACCCCAGAUGCCUCUACCUGAAAUCCAGCAGUACCUUCAGCACCACUACAAGGUUGCCCAGCCUUCAAGCUCAGCUGCUUCUGUGUUCAAGGACAAUAUGUGUGUUGGAAUUGUGUCCUCCAAAAAAGCUGGUGUGGGGAAGUCUCUUUAUGUGAAGAGGCUACAUGAGAGACUGCAAGAAGAGCAGCCUGACUGUACAGAACUUCUGAAAACCAUCAGACUAAUUGAACCUAAGGUGGAUGAAGAUAAAGUGCUAAAAGAUCUUCUGCCUUUUCUGGAGGCAGAACACCAGACAAAGCCCAUGAUAUUCCAUUUUGAUAUCACCUCUUCAGUACAAAGUGGAAUUCCGGAGUUUCUGUUCAAGCUGCUGGUUUUGCAGUAUCUGGCAGAUAAUAAUGGAAAUAUGUGGCUACGGCAGAAGUGCCAUUUGUAUAUCAUUGAAAUCCUUGAGGUAUCACCAGUGCCAAAGAAAGCAGCAAGACACGUGUCAGCAAGCUGGAAGUUUAAUUUCUUUGAUGUGUUCCCUAAAGUAACCUGCAAAUCUCCCAAGGAAGUACUAGAAAUGGAGACACUUAGGAAUCUGUCUGAAGAUGUUUCAGAUCCAGGAAUGGACAAGGAGGAAUUUUGCAGUGAGGCUUUCCAGAGACCCUUCCAGUACCUGAGAAGGUUUGACCUGGGUCAGGAUCUGGACACGUUCCGCUACGAAGCGCACUCUGUGGAAGGGAGCCCGGCAGAAUGCCUGCAGCAUCUCCUCCUGCACUGUGGGGUCACAGAUCCCUCCUGGUCAGAACUUCGAAACUUCACAUCGUUUCUCAAUGUUCAGCUGAGAGACUCUGAAGCUUCUGUCUUUUGCAACCCUGACUUUACCCAGGACAUUUUGCAAGGUUUCAAAACUUUUGUCGUUAGCUUCAUGAUCUUAAUGGCAAGGGAUUUUGCAACACCCUCUCUGAACAUUUCUGAUCAAAGUUCAGGAAGGCAGGCCUUCAACCUGGAGAAUGUUGCAGAAGAAGAUCUUCUUCCUUUCCGCAUUCGGAAAAAGUGGGAGUCUGAGCCUCAUCCUUACUUGUUUUUCAAUGAAGAUCGAACGUCCAUGACAUUCAUUGGCUUCCACUUUCAGUACAAUGGCAGACAAGGUGUUGAUGCCAUCAAUCCUUUGAAUGGCAGCAUUAUCAAGAGAAAUAUCAUGACUUCACGGUUGUGCAAAGGCUUGUUACUCCAAAGAGUUCCCUUCAAUAUUCCAUUUGAUGAGUUGUCUCGUUACGAGAAGCUAGAGAAGCUUUGCAUGGUCUUGGGAACCCCCUGGAUAGACCCGGAUGAGACGUACGAACUCACGACAGACAACGUGCUGAAAAUCUUGGCUAUUGAGAUGCGAUUCAGAUGCAACAUCCCAGUUGUGAUCAUGGGAGAAACGGGCUGUGGGAAAACCAGACUUGUAAAGUUUCUGUGCAAGUUACGCAGAAGCUACCUAGAGGUAGAAAACAUGAAGCUUGUGAAAGUUCACGGGGGUACUACUGCAGAGAUGAUUUAUGCCAGGAUUGAAGAAGCAGAAGCCCUUGCUAAAAUCAAUAAAGAGCAGUAUGGGUUGGACACAGUCCUCUUUUUUGACGAAGCAAACACAACAGAGGCCGUGAGCAGCAUCAAGGAAGUUCUGUGUGACCACACAGUGCAGGGGAAGCCUUUGGUCCCUUGCUCUGGCUUGCAGAUCAUAGCAGCCUGCAACCCCUACCGUAAGCACACACCAAAGAUGAUCCAGCGCCUGGAAUUAGCUGGGCUGGGCUACCGUGUCAAAGCAGAGGAGACAAAGGAUAAGCUUGGAUCUAUCCCACUGAGACAGCUUGUGUACCGCGUCCACGCUCUCCCACCCAGCAUGAUCCCGUUAGUGUGGGACUUUGGGCAGCUGAACAACUUCACUGAAAAAAUGUACAUAAAGCAGAUCGUACAGAGAGUGUGUGAGCAGGUGCCGAUGGCGCAGCAUGAGGCCGGGGUGAUGACUGAUGUGCUGUUUGCUUCCCAGCAGUACAUGAGGCAGAGGGAUGAUGAGUGCACCUUUGUCAGCCUGAGGGAUGUGGAACGCUGCGUGGAGGUUUUCAAGUGGUUUCACAAGCACAGUGCACUACUCCUGAGAGAACUGGAGAAGUACCUGGCUGAGAACAAACCUUCAAAGAGCACCCCUGAGAGAAACAUCGUUAUCUGGGCUUUGGUGCUGGCAGUCGGGGUCUGCUAUCAUGCUUCCUUGGAACAGAAGGAGCCAUAUAGGAAUGCUAUCAGCAAGGUCCUUCCACAACCUUACAAUUCCCAGAAAAAGAUUUUGGAAGAUAUCUCCUUGAUGCAGGACUUGUUUCUCAAUGGUGUGCAUGUCCGAGAUACCAUAGCAAGAAACCUGGCCUUGAAGGAAAAUGUCUUCAUGAUGGUCAUCUGCAUUGAGUUGAAAAUCCCUCUUUUUCUUGUUGGGAAGCCUGGAAGCUCCAAAUCUCUUGCAAAAACCAUUGUGGCUGAUGCUAUGCAGGGCCAAGCAGCUCAGUCAGAUUUGUUCAAGGACCUGAAACAGAUCCAUCUCGUGUCUUUUCAGUGCAGCCCUCUCUCCACUCCAGAGGGAAUCAUAGGCACUUUCAAGCACUGUGCUCGAUUCCAGGAAGGGAAGAACUUAGAGGAGUAUGUCUCAGUGGUGGUUUUGGAUGAGAUUGGGCUGGCAGAAGACUCUCCCAAAAUGCCCUUGAAGACUUUACAUCCACUUCUGGAAGAUGGCUGCAUAGAUGAUGUCCCUGUUCCCCACAAGAAGGUUGGCUUUAUUGGGAUUUCUAACUGGGCUUUGGACCCUGCUAAAAUGAAUCGAGGCAUCUUUGUCUCACGUGGUGACCCCAGCAAAGAAGAGCUCAUUCAAAGUGCAAAGGGGAUUUGUUGCUCAGCACGAGGGGCUUUGCAGAAGGUUGAACAGUAUUUUUGUCACUUUGCAGAUGCAUAUGAGGAGAUUUGCAAGGCCCAAGACAGGGAGUUCUUUGGUCUGCGUGACUACUACAGCCUCAUAAAGAUGUUUUUUGCUUUAGCUAGAAGCUCCAAAGAUGGGCCAACAGCUCGGGACAUAGCUGAAGUUGUUCUGCGUAACUUUGGUGGCAAAGAUGAUGUCAAUGCCUUGGAAAUAUUCACCUCACGUUUACCAGAAAAAGGAGAAAUACACGCUCAUGAUAUCAGUAGAAUUGAUCUGGUACAAAAAAACAUUCAGAGCAGCAGUCAGGAUGGUGACUGCAGGUACCUGCUUGUGUUGACUGAGAAUUAUGCAGCCCUGCAGAUCCUCCAGCAAACUUUUUUUACUGCCCGACAUCAGCCAGAAAUUAUCUUUGGCUCCAGUUUCCCUAAGGACCAGGAGUAUACCCAGAUAUGUAGGAACAUCAACCGUGUGAAGGUCUGCAUGGAAACUGGCCAAACGGUUGUGCUCCUCAACUUGCAAAACCUUUAUGAAAGCCUCUACGAUGCCCUCAAUCAGUACUACGUGUACCUUGCUGGCCAGAAGUACGUGGAUUUGGGGCUGGGCACCCACCGGGUGAAGUGCCGAGUGCACCCCAAGUUCCGCCUGAUAGUCAUCGAGGAGAAAGAUGUGGUGUAUAAGCACUUUCCCAUCCCCCUGAUCAACAGGCUGGAAAAGCACUACCUGGAUAUCAGUACUGUCCUAGACAAGGGCCAAAGAGAAGCUGUGGCAGAGCUGCAGAAGUGGGUGCACGAGUUCACUGCGGCCAAUACAGAAGAUCACUUCAUGAGCAAGCAGAAAUACAGCCCUUCUGAUGUGUUUGUGGGCUACCACCCCACUACCUGUGCCUCUGUCAUCCUGCAGACAACAGAGAGGCUGAAGCCCAAGUGUCCUCCCAGCGAACUCAUGUCCUGUGUGAUGCAGGAAGCCCAGCUGGCUCUGCUCAACUGUGCCACCCCGGACUCCGUCAUCCGCUGCUGCCACUCGGUGGCCUCGUUCAGGGCAGGUUCCUUGGCCAACACCUACUUCCAGCAGCAGCACCACACAUCUUUCACAGACUUCCUCCGAGCUCAAGUCCAUGCUGGGGCUGACUGCCAAACAGUCUUUACUGAGGUCACCACCUUCUCGAGGCUCCUCACCAGCACUGACACUGCCUGCCUGGAGAGAGAAGUGCAGGGGAAAGCACAGAGACCUCAGCUCCUGUUCCUGCAGCAGUUUGACACUGAGUACUCCUUCCUGAAGGGCAUCCGAGAUUUCCUUGGUACCACAUCAGGAAAUAAAAUCCUUAUUAUUCAGACAGACUUUGAAGGUGGCUCUCAGAAGGCCCAGCUCAUCGCCUCAGCCAAAUACACUGUUGUUAAUGAGAUCAACAAGGUGGACCUGGGAGAAGCCUCUGUCUUUGUUUAUUUUAUUAUGAAGCUUUCCCGGGUGGAAGGAGGAACAUCCUAUGUGGGAUUCCAUGGAGGACUGUGGCAGUCAGUGCAUAUAGAUGAUCUCCGCAGAUCCAAAGACAUGAUCUCUGAUAUGACUGCCCUGCAGAACCUCACCAUCAGCCAGAUUCUCCGUGAGGAGUCAGGUAAAACCAAAGCUCUGCCUGUGAGUGGAGAAGAACAGGAGGAAAAUGAAGUGGAGGGUGAAACACCAGUGCCAGAAGCAGAUGACUAUGAGGGUGAAAUCCUGGACACUACUGUACUCCUGAGGACCUGUGUACAAAGUGCUGUGGGGAUGCUACGGGACCAAAAUGAAGAUUUUAGUCGAAGCAGAAAGCGAAUUAAGAUUCUCCUUGGUCUCCUGUCCAAAGAGGAUGACUUGAAAGCCUCUUUUCUGAAGAUCACAAAGACUCGUCUCUCCAACCUUUUGAAGAAGCAAGAAGAAAAUUCCCUUCAUCCAGAAAAUUGGGUGCUCCGGGAGGCUUCCAACCUCAGUGCUCUCCAGGAGGCAGGCACCUUCAGGCACACCCUGUGGAAGCGAGUCCAGAACGUGAUCACUCCAUUCCUGGCUCUGUUGAUUGCUGUCAUAGACAGAAAUGGCAAUCUGGAGCUGUUGGUCAGGCCAGCAGCUCCGUGGGUGACAAACCUGUGGAUGUUCAUCUUCAGUGAUACAAAACUUCUGACUGUCCCUUACGGUGUGGGUAAGAACAGCUCUCAGCCAGAGAUCAUUCUGGUGCAGAACAACAUGAUGGUGUCUGCUGAUGUUGGGAAUGAGAUGCCCUUCAGCUGGAGGAUAAAGGAAUACUUGGAUGAGCUGUGGUUGGAAGCUCAGUACAUCCAAAACAAUGAUGACCAAGAUGAGAAGUUUGUGGAUAUCUUCCAGAAAACUGCACUGGGAAAAUAUAUCACUGCUUUGGCUGAGGAAGAAAGGCAGAUGCUCUUCCAGUCCUAUAUCACAGACUUUAUUGUCUUGACCAUUGGUGUAUCCUCACCAGAGGAGCUGAAGUGUCUGCAAAUUGCAUUCUUAUCCUGCAUAGAAGAAUGGAAAGCAGCAUCUCCCAGAAGAGAGCAGAUGGUGCCCUCCUUGCCUUCAGUCCACCUCGGGUACAACCGGUUCAAGAGCCGCCUGCAGAACUUUUCAAGGAUCCUGGCUGUACACCCCCAUGUGGUUGACUACCUGACUAACCAGGAGGCAUAUGAAAUACCACAUGCAGAGAUGGCUCUUGAUGUCUUGGCUGCAAUGGCAUGUGCUGAAGAGCUGGAGAAUCAAGUGCAGACAGUUGAUCCAGAAAUAUGGCUGCAGAAAGUCAAGAAUCUUCGUAUGCCCAUUGAAUUUCUUUGUAAAGAGAGGGAUGUGCAGAGGCAUGGGUAUUGGUGCCAUCAGCUACUAACAGAACUUGAGGUCUGCUGGAACAGGGUUUUCUCCAUGUCUCUGUUUGUAGAACACGUGGUGCUUGGCAUCAACACAGUUAUGCCAGAAUUUGAGGGCUUAGUGAAAAAAUAUACUUUGCUUCUUGGCAGGUGUUUUCAGCAAAGUUCAGACAUGAAGACUCAUCCAACUUUUGUUGCAGUGAUGAAAGUACUGUGCCAAUGUAAGGACGAAGUCAGCAAGAGGCUCUACAGAUACAGCCUGGGGCCAUGUGCAGUCUGCCUAGGAGAGCCAAAGGAUCCCAUCUGCCUGCCUUGCUGCCACAUCUUCUGUCAGAAGUGCAUCAGAAAGUGGCUCGUGCCAGCACAGAUGCAUUGUCCCUACUGCAGAGCUGCCAUAGAAGAUGAUGAUUUAAGUGUCUCUGAGGAGCUCAGAGAGGCCAUAAGAAGAAAUGCCCUGUUCCGGCAGAGAUGCAAUAAUUUCUUCAUAGAUGUGGUCACUACCAUGUGCUUCAAGGACAAUGAACCCCCUGAAACAGAGGUGAUCAAAGAGCUCCUCAACCUGCUGUUUGUUAACAGUAUCGUCCUGAAGGGUUCAGAUCACUCUGCUAUCUGCACAAAAUAUCUGUCCCCAUUUAAUGAUGAAGUGGAUGAAACACCCAUCAUCCGCUCAGUAAUGCUGAAGCUCCUCUUGAAGUACAGCUUCCAUGAAGUGAAAAAGGAUGUGCAACACUACCUGUCCUUGGUAGAACAGAGUGACAUCCUAGAUAAAGAUGAUAAAAAAGAACUCUACUUGCUUUUUGUCAACUGCUUAGAGGAUUCGAUGUAUGAAAAGUCUGAGGGCAGCCUUGGAUAUGAGCACGUAAACAGAAGCUUUCCAGAGAACUAUCUCUCAAGCAGCAAGGGAGAAACUCCAGAAGAAGCCUCUGUUGAGUACCUGCAGGCAGUAGCCAAGGUUCACUUGUACCUGAGUAAGGCUGCAGAGCUGCUCCUUGAGGUCCAUGGGUCCACAGAGCAACACCAGGUAAAGGAGAAGCAAGAUUACCUGAGGAAUGUGCAGGUGUUCUGUGCCCUUGCCAGGAAUGACUGGCAUUGUGUCUACCUGAUCCGGAGAAUUGCUGGUCAGCGUGGGAUGGAAUUUGCUCAGAAGCUUGUCACAGAGACACGGUUUAAUUGGGUGUUCCCAGCAGAAAUUCUGCAACAGGCACAGGAGAGCCAAUCUCACCCCAUCGAUCGUUACCUGGCAUGUGGGCAGAGCUACAGAGCCCUGCGGGAUGCUGUGGGCAAAGCCAUGAUUGAGUGCAAGGCUGAGGGGCUUCUGGAGGCAGAGAAGGCAUCCAGCAGCUCCCCAGCUGUACAAUCUGUCCAUCUGCUUCUGGCUAUUUUCAGAGAGGUCACUGCCCUGUAUGGAUUUAGUGACUCAAACCUUCAUCCCAAGCAGCAGCAAACAGAUGCUAUGACUGAGUUCAUCAAGAAGUCCCAGCUCCUGAAUUCUCAAGACCUACAGCACUUUGCAGAUUCUCUUGUGAUGAAUACAGUGCCAUCUCUGAGAGUGGAACCUGAAAGCUUCAGCCACAGUGGGGCAGUCAUUGAGAUGGCUGUUCACACUGCAGCUGUCCUGCUGUGUGGGCAGAACCCCCUCCUGCAGCCCCUCAGGAAUCUGGCAUUCCACCCCCACACCAUGCAGCAUUCUUUUCUGCCCACAAUGCCAGAAGACAUAAUGGCUCAAGCCAGGACCUGGAACGGAAUGACUGGUCUGCACUGGUACAUUUGUUCAAAUGGCCACCCCUGCACUGUGGGAGAGUGUGGCCGCCCCAAGGAAAUUGGGCACUGCCCGGACUGUGGUGUGGCAGUGGGAGGGAAGGAGUAUCGCCCCGUGGCUGGCUUCCAGGCAUCCAGCAGGAUCAUUGAAGACAGAACUCAGACUGGCCACAUACUUGGAGAUGUCCAACACAGAAGAACAACAAGAGGUUCUGAACGGGCCAUGUCCCUGGCUGUCUUUAUCCUGAUGCGUUUGCUCACACAUUUGGCAAUGCUGCUGGGAGCCACAAAGAGUCCUCAGGCACUGAAAAAGAUUAUUAAGCCACCAGUGAACAACUUGAAGAGUUUCCUGCAGCAGCAUAUUCAGGAGGACUUGGAACAGCUGAAAAAAACUUUGGGGAAGAGUGUGGAUGAGACUAUCAGCAUUCUUCAUCUUGUGCUCAGCAGGUUUCUGAAGGACCAAGGCCUGUGGCCAGUGCAGUUUGAUGUACUCUCCACCAAGGAGAAGAGAAACAAAUGGGAAAAAAUUGUUGCAGACACAGUUAUUACUCCUGAACUGGAGGAGCUGGAUAAAAAACUUCUGAAGUUAAAUGGACAAAUAGAAGAGGAUGAGAGAAUUUCUUCCAAUGCAAUAGUUAAAAUAGUGUAUGGUGACCCAGGCACUUUGCUGUCCCAGCUGCCAAAGAACAGUCACAUACAUCACUCCAAGAUGUGGAGCUGCCGACAGAGGGUUUCAGUGGAGAACUUGGGCCAUGUGGUCCAGCAAAAGAAUGCCAAGGACACUGUUCCCCUCCUUUGGAAGUUUCUGCAGAAGGAAAAAGAACUGAGGCUGGUUAAGUUUUUACCAGAGAUUCUGGCUCUGCAGAGAGACUUGGUGAGCAGAUUUCAGAACACUUCUGAUGUCAAGCACUGUUCCAUCAGAGACUUUCUCAAAGAACCCUUCUCAGAUGUGAUGAGGGACCUGUUACAGAGGAGAGUGAAUGUGUUUCUGUCUGUUUGGAACAAGCUGAGAAGCUCACUGGACACCAAUGGGGAAAUUAAACUUCCUAAAGGGUACUGUGAAUCUGACCUGACCCUGGACAGCAACCUUGAGGUCCUUCUGCCACGUCGCCACGGGCAGGGCCUCUGCUCCACAGCCUUAGCCAGUUACCUCAUCAGUCUGCACAAUGACUUUAUCCACUCUGUGAAUAGAGACACUAAGGAAAAUGAUAGGUACUUGGUCAGUUUGUCAGAAGUGGCUGACAUGCACUUGAUCAGUUAUGAGGUCGAGAGAGACCUCAUUCCUCUGAUCUUAUCCAACUGCCAGUACAGCAUGGAGAAGGGAGGGAAGACAGUGCAGGACUUUGAUCUGGAGAAGAUCCAGCAGCAGGUCAUCAGCAAGUUCCUGCAGGGGAAGCCACUCAUCACCCUGACGGGGAUGCCUACCCUGGUGUACAGACAGGAUCGGAACUAUGAGCAGCUGUUUAAUAAUGUCAGGAGUAAGCUGGAUCAGAGUGCUCUCCCCAAUUCUGUGAUGAAGAUGAUUAGUGGAGAACUACAGUCUUACAGUGAUGUCUGUGAUGCUCUGUCUGUCACUGAAAUUACCUUGGGAUUCCUGGCCAUGGCUGGAGAGAAUCCUGAAAUGCCUCUGACUGACUACAUCGAAAAAGUCCUCCAGAUGGGUGACCAGACAAACCCUCAUGUACUGCAGGCCCUCAGAAGAUGCCACCUAAAGCACAACAUUGCCCUGUGGCAACUUCUUUCUACCCUCAAAUCUGAGCAGCUGCUGCACCUCAAACAGGAUCCUUUUGCAGACAUCAGUACGGCCUACAAAGCUGAGCUCAGUCCAGUGAAUGCCAAGCUCCUCAAUACCUUCCUUGUUCACGCGAGGCUGGAAACCUUCCUGCAGGAGCUCCAUGAAAUGAUCACCUUGAAGCUGAGACGUGUCCAAGCUGUGGAUGAGUUCAAACCAACCUGGAGCCUGAAGGAGUCGUUCAUUCCUUAUCUUGAUGCAAAAGGCUCCGAGUUGGCUGCAGAGGUGGAGGAGAUGUUCCCAGAUGAGAUUCUGCUCUCUCAGGCUCUCUCCACCUGGAAAGCAGCCGCUGGCUUCAAGAGGGAGCACAGGGAGCACUGAGGCUGCUCCUGCCCCAGGGGACCUCACUGCCAGUGCCACAGGGGAUGGGGACAUUCUGGAACCUCGGGGGGGUUGGGGUGUCUUGGGGUGUGCUGUUUAUUUGGGGUGGGUUUUUUAUUUUUACUAAUUGUGGUGCAAAGGGGAGCUGCUUUCAUACUCGGGAGGAUACACGAUGCCCAGAGACUGCUGCAGACUUCACGCGAAGAACAAAACCCCAAAGCCACCUCCUAAUCAUGGGGUUUUUUCGUAAAAAAAAAUAAGAGUAAUAAAAAAAUUAUUCCC